CUAGUCCUAAUGCACGAUCGUUUGACAACAUUCAAAAUCAAUUGCACAUGAUCAAAGCACUGAUUAUGUUUCCGCAAAUCUAAGAAGAACCGGGGAUUGAGUUCACGUUAGGAACAGGAGUGGUCUUUUUAUAUUACACCAUGGACGAAGAAGAUAUUCAUGAAUCUUCUGAUCAAUCUUCGAGGUCGAUGAUUGCCCACACAAAAACUGGAGACACAGAACGAUCUCAGAAAAACACCAUGAUGCCGUCAUUUUUUAACAAUGAAUUUGGAGAUUCUUCCACGGAGAAUCAUCAGGAAAAUGACGUUGAGGUGUCCAAUCUUUCCGAGGUUCCAAUUAAAGAUGUACACCUUGGCCUAGUUAUUGAAAAACCUAUAUUGGAGAAAACGUUUUUAGAUGCAGCACUUAUGGGGUUAAAAUUACUGAAAAAGGAUGACGCGCUGUGUGACGUUACUUUAGUUGUGGAGGGAAUGAAGCUCAAAUGCCAUAAAGUGGUUCUUGCAUUAUUUUCGGAAUAUUUCCAGACAAUGUUCACAACAGAAAUGAAAGAAGCAGACCAGAGUGAGAUUCAUUUUGACUGGAUUUAGAGGUAAAACUAUACAAAAGAUGAUCGCGUUCAUUUACAAAGGUUUCGACGGGUUCAACGUUACUGAUGCAAGAGAACUGUUGGAGGCUUCUAUUUUUUUCAGAGUAGAGUCCCUGAGGUACUUAUGCGAAAAGGCACUCUCUUUGAUAUUAGAUGUUCGAAAUGUAAAAACAUUUUGGAGGGCUGCCAAACGUUUCCAGGAGUGUCAUAGUCUUCGCAAAUCAUGCGAAGAAUAUUUGCUGUUUCAUUUCAGUAGUCUUAAGGAAGAAGACAUAUCGCAUUUAGACAAGGACGAGCUUGUAUUUCUCAUAUCUAAUCCCAGUCUGCGUGUGUCAAAUGAAGAUAAAGUUUAUCAAGCUGUAAGGAUAUGGUUUGAAUAUGGCGGACACUGCCGUAAACAGUACCUCAACGAGAUAUUCCAACAUGUCAGAUUACCCUUUAUAUCAAAUGAGAAUUUACACUGGCUUUAGUGAUACUUUUAGAUUUUUUAAAGAACACUCUAUGCAGCCAUUUGUUGAAGAAGCACAGACGUAUCAAAAUAAACUAAGUCGGCAGAUGGAAGAAUCAUCCAUCAGGAUGAGGCUUCGUCAACACUAUAACAUGGAAAAGGUACUUUUAGUUAUUGGAUUCAAGCAGCGAAUCACAUGUACUAAUCCAAGUAUGUGGGUCUGGCGUUUUGAUUACAGGCGAUGGUACACAUUGCGUUCAUCUUCAUGCAAGCUGGGGAAUGGCUAUGCCACAUGUAGAUAUGGGAAAAGUGAAGUUUUUUUCUGUGGAGGUCAAGGUAAGAGGACUUUUCUGAAAUUCGACGGGUUGACUGAUACGAUACUGCCGUGUACACAAAUGAUUACGGCUCGUAUGAGCCACUGUAUGGCAUGUGUUGGCGACUCGAUAUAUGUUCUUGGUGGCAAUGGCUUCCAAUUCGAAAAGAAGCAUGCCUGUCUAGUAGAAGAUAAACUGGAGAGCGUUGAGGUAUGGCGGCCAUCAGAUGCCACGUGGCAACAAUGUGGCCAUAUCAUGUCCCCUGUAUCUGGAGCAACGUCCUGUAUUUCUGGAAGCUUGAUUCUCCUCUACGGAGGAUACAUAAACCAAAAUGACAAAGAGCAUUCAAACUUGGCACAGUUUUAUGACACAAAAACAAACACAUGUGGACACCUUCAAGCCAAUCUGCCUCUCAAGUUCCAAAACUUGAAGUCUGCAAAUGUUUCAGGUGUGACAUAUAUUCUUGCCAACAACAAUAUAUUUGAAAGUGAAUGCAAAGACAAGUUAGAAUAUAACAAGGUUCAAUCCCUGCGGGAAAAAUGUGAUACCCAUAGCUUUGCAAAGCAUUCUUUCGCAAUGACGAAUGACGAGAAAUAUCUUUAUAUCUUAAAGGAAUGUUACAACAGACCAAUACCGAUUUAUGAUGACACCUCUUGGGAUCUGCGCCAAUAUAAUAUCGCAACACAUUUGGUGGAAAAUGCUUCCAAGAAUAUUCGAUUUUUUAAAUCUGACGUUUCUAUGCAUACGUUGGUGGUGGGAAAGUCUAUACUGCACGAAAAGUCUGUUGUGGUACCUAAUUCUGAAGGAUUUCUUACCUGAUAUUAUGACAGAUUUGUGUGUUUGAGGCAUCGAGGUAUCUUCUUAUAGAAAACUUGUUAAGUAUACCAUCUUUUUAAGCAUUGAUGUCAUUUUUUUUUAGUUUCAUCGGGGUAUGAAACAAAUUUUGUUUGCAAACUGUAUGAAUCCGCU